AUGGCAUCUCACCCUGCCGUGAUUGCGACUAAUGUCAAAGAACCGCUAACUAUUCAGCGAGUCCCAACGCCUGAGCUUCAACAAAAUGAAAUCCGUGUCCGCAUUGAAUGGGUGGUAUCUGCCCCCUUGGAUGUUUACCAAGUCGACGCGGGCUUGAUGGCUCAGUUCCCUCAAAGCCUGGGCGACAGUGGUGUCGGCACUGUAGUGGCAGCUGGCCCUGGAGUCAAACGCCUACAGGCUGGGGAUCAGGUAUUCGGUUUUCUCUUCCACAACGAGAAGGAGAAGGGGCAGCAGGUGUAUGUUACGGCACCAGAGCAUCUGUUCGGAAAGGUUCCCUCUGGCAUAUUUAUGCCCGCGGCCGCUACGGUGCCAACUAAUGUUUGUACCGCCUACUUCACUUUGACAGAGAAGUUGAACCUCGAGCUUCCGUGGCCGCGCCCCUCGGGUUUCUCACCAAAAAGUGCAGAGAGUCCGAUUAUCAUCUGGGGAGGAGGCAGUUCGGUCGGCCAGUACGCCAUACAGCUCCUCCGCCACUGGGGUUAUAAGAAUGUCAUCACCACCGCGUCGCCGCAGCACCACGAGAAGCUCAAGCUAUAUGGUGCCCAACACGUCAUCGACUAUCGCGAGUCUAAUGUCACCGACUCUAUUCUGGAGAUCGUGAACAAGAGCAAGAUCUCAGCACCCAUUCGCGCCUUCGAUUGUGUGAGCUCCAAGUCUGGGUCACUGCAGCAUCUCGCCAAGGUUGCCUCCCUUCCUGGCUCCAUUGUGGCAGCUGUUCUCCCUGUUGUGCUUCGGUCGCCAUCAGACCCAGCCGGCGUGCAGCUUUCCGCUGAUGUCGAGGGAGAGGUAUCGUGGGCACCUGGCGUCGAGGUUCAUAGUAUUAUCAGCUAUACAUUCGAGACGAAUCCAUUCCUCAAGGAUUAUCUUCUGCCUGAUAUUAUACCCUCUCUCCUCGCGUCGGGUAGCCUUGAUCCCAACAAGUACCGAGAGAUCGAGGGUGUUUCGCUUCUACAGCGGGCUAGUACCGCGUUGAAUGUGAUGAGAACCGGCGCAGUCAGUGGGGAAAGACUUGUGUGGAAGGUGUGGACAGCCGAGGAAUAUCCGGAUUUCGUUUGA